CAGACAUCGUGAAAGAUGACUACACUCGUGUUAGCAGGGCUUGGAGUCGCUGGAGCGGCGAUAGCAGGCCGCUUUGCUAUGCAGGCGUUAAGAAAAGUUAACCUAAAUGAGAUACCUAAGAUUAUUCCUAAGAUACCGGAGUUCAGUCAUUAUUACAGAGGAGGAUUUGAACCUAAAAUGACAAAAAGAGAAGCUGGCUUGGUACUGGGAGUGAGUCCUUCAGCAAGCAAGGCCAAAGUUAGAGAGGCACAUAGAAGAAUAAUGCUGAUAAAUCACCCUGACAGAGGAGGCUCCCCGUAUCUUGCUGCAAAAAUAAAUGAAGCAAAAGAUCUUCUUGAUGGAAAUGGCAAGUAAUAGCUAUACUUCAUAUGAAGGAAUUGACAUGUGUCAAGCAAAGGUGGAAAAGAUGAGCAAGGGCAGUGCUACAAGAAAUCUUCAAUCAAGACUUAAUGGAAUAUUCCAAAUGACAGACUGUAGGAGAUAACAGACAAAAACAAAUAUAAAUCUGCAGAACUUUAGCUUUGUCAAGCAUUCCUGGUGGGUCAAACUUGAAAUGAGCUCCAACAACAGAAUUAAAACUUGUGGACAAGAAUCCCACAGAGUGCCAACGGUAUUGUUUCAGCAAGAACAUAACUUUCCGGACAUCUUUUCUGUUGUCCAGCAAAUAUAGUAUUGCAACAAUAUUGCUAGUUAUUAAUAAUUUUUUUUUAGGUAAUUUAGAAUUUUACUUAGGAGUAAUGAAACAGAGACAAGAGAGCACUAUGCAUAAUUACUUCUUUGCAAACUAAACACUAUAUUGUAAAUGAAGGAUUUAUUCAUGUAUCACAUGUACUGGUCAUAUUUUGUCAACACUUCUUUGCAAUUUUAUUAUUUCCUUAUUAAAUACACAGAAUGUAAAAUAAUUUUAUAUGUAAAGUAUUAUGUUUAUUUCCAGCCUUGUUCAAACUUAAAUAGUUGUUAUAAUGAUAAAUUGAACCAUGUUCCCUCUGGUUUAUAGAAAUAAAUAGUCGCUGAUAGCUAAUGAUGAAUGCCACCAAUUUGUAAAUAAUUUCAAAGAGUAUAAAAUUCUAGUGCCUGCCACUUUGGAUUUAUAAUAAGCAAAAUGAGGGAGGCAUUGUAUUUGAACUGAAGAAUUCAGAUCAAAACCACCAGCUAAAGCACUGA